GGGUGCCUUGUUUUUAGUUGACGGCCACAUAUUUUAGUUGUUUUGAGUUUUUGUUGUCAGUUUAUUUCAAAAUGAAUCGCAUUUUUGGUCGUGGAAAACCAAAAGGACCACCGCCAAAUCUCACUGACUGCAUAGGAAAUGUUGACUCACGGGCAGAGUCAAUUGACAAAAAAGUUGCCAGACUAGAUGCUGAACUGGUUAAGUAUAGGGAUCAGAUGAAGAAGAUGAGAGAUGGGCCUUCAAAGAACAUGGUCAAGCAGAAGGCGUUGAGAGUGCUGAAGCAGAAGCGAAUGUAUGAGGGCCAGAGGGAUAACCUGGCGCAGCAGUCCUUUAACAUGGAACAGACCAACUACACAAUUCAGACCCUCAAAGACACCAAAACGACAGUAGACGCUAUGAAAAUUGGAGCCAAAGAGAUGAAGAAGGCAUACAAGAAUGUGAAGAUCGAUAAGAUUGAGGAUCUCCAUGAUCAGCUGGAGGACAUGAUGGAGGACGCCAACGAGAUCCAGGAGGCCAUGGGCAGAAGCUACGGGACGCCAGAGAUCGACGAUGAUGACCUGGAAGCAGAACUGGAUGCCCUGGGAGAUGAGCUGCUGAUGGAUGAAGACAGCUCCUACCUAGAUGAGGCCAACACCGCCCCCUCCAUCCCAGAGGGAGUACCCAGUGACAGGGCAACAAACCGGGAAGGAGUUCUGGUGGAUGAAUUUGGCCUACCGCAGAUCCCUGCUACAUAAUGGAUAGACAGUGGGCACAAACCAAUGGCAACACUCCUGAAUGGAUCAUAACCAUUUUACUACAUAUAUCACAUUUAACACUUUCUCUCUGACUGACAUGGUGGUGGAAAACCUAAAUCUACUUGUUUUAGGUUCUUCAAAAGCGAAUCAGUGGUAUGGAAAUAAGUCAUGUUGCAAAUUCUUGAUCUUUGUAUGGACAAAUGUUUUUCUUUUCCAAGGUAAUUUAUUUUUCUUUUCUUGGCAUUUAGUUAAGACUUUUUACUGCAGCAUUGUGUUGCCAACUACUAAUAAAUAUAAAUUAUAUAUU